GCCGAACUACCACCAGCUUCCCGUAUCCCCGCGCCCCUUUAACUCCCGGACAGGUGCAGCCCGGAGGCGUCUCUGGUUGGCUGGCAUGGGGUGACGCAAUGGCACAUGGCCCACUGCCAUUGGCUGUGGCGUGGGUUCCGCCCCUCCCGGCUGCGGAGUCGGCGGCGGGUGCACGUUUUACGCAGCCGCGGAGUUGGGAAGACGGCUGCUGGCGACCGCGGGGUGGGUCCCCAGCCUGGGAAACGAUGGCCCCAAGAUCCUCAAGGGGCAUAGCCCCAGCUCUGCUCUGUGGUCUGAGCCUCUUCCUUGGCUUCCCAGGCCUGGUCUGGGUCCAAAUUUCUGUGCCUCCCCAAUCUUCUCCCCACACUGAGGCCCAUCCGUGUCACACCUGCCGGGGACUGGUUGACAGCUUCAACAAGGGCCUGGAGAGAACCAUCCGGGACAACUUUGGAGGUGGAAACACUGCUUGGGAGGAAGAGAAGUUGUCCAAAUAUAAAGACAGUGAGACCCGCCUGGUAGAGGUGCUUGAGGGCGUGUGCAGCAAGUCGGACUUCGAGUGCCACCGCCUGCUGGAGCUGAGUGAGGAGCUGGUGGAGAGCUGGUGGUUUCACAAGCAGCAGGAAGCCCCGGACCUCUUCCAGUGGCUCUGCUCAGAUUCCCUGAAGCUCUGCUGCCCCUCAGGCACCUUCGGGCCCUCCUGCCUUCCCUGUCCUGGGGGUGCGGAGCGGCCCUGCGGUGGCUACGGCCAUUGUGAAGGGGAAGGGACUCGAGGGGGCAGCGGGCACUGUGACUGCCAAGCUGGCUACGGGGGUGAGGCCUGUGGCCAGUGCGGCCUCGGCUACUUUGAGGCGGAGCGCAACGCCAGCCAUCUGGUAUGUUCGGCUUGUUUUGGCCCCUGUGCACGCUGCUCAGGACCUGAGGAAUCACAUUGUUUACAGUGCAAGAAGGGCUGGGCCCUGCAUCACCUCAAGUGUGUAGACAUUGAUGAAUGCGGCACGGAGCGAGCCAGCUGUGGAGCCGACCAGUUUUGUGUGAACACGGAGGGCUCCUACGAGUGCCGGGACUGUGCCAAGGCCUGCCUGGGCUGCAUGGGGGCGGGACCUGGCCGCUGUAAGAAGUGUAGCCCUGGCUACCAGCAGGUGGGCUCCAAGUGUCUCGAUGUGGACGAGUGUGAGACGGCGGUAUGUCCAGGAGAGAACCAACAAUGUGAGAACACCGAGGGCAGUUACCGUUGCGUCUGUGCCGAUGGCUACAAACAGAUGGAGGGCAUCUGUGUGAAGGAGCAGAUCCCAGAGUCAGCGGGCUUCUUCUCGGAGAUGACGGAGGACGAGCUGGUGGUGCUGCAGCAGAUGUUCUUUGGUGUCAUCAUCUGCGCGCUGGCCACGCUGGCCGCCAAGGGCGACUUGGUCUUUACCGCCAUCUUCAUCGGAGCUGUGGCAGCCAUGACUGGCUACUGGUUGUCAGAGCGCAGUGACCGUGUGCUGGAGGGCUUCAUCAAGGGCAGAUAAUCGCUGCCACACCUGCAUCAUCUCCCGCCCAGGCUGCCCCUGAGGUCGGGGCUCUCCCAUCUGGACACUUGAGGCACUUGCUUUAUUUUUGAGAGUGGGGUAAGCACCCCCUCUGCACUUUAUAGAGCAGCCCAGACACUAGGCCCCUGGGGUGAAAAAGUAGCCCCAAGGGUAGGUGCCUUGAGAUCUUGACCUUGGGGCACUGGGCCAGCUUCACAAUGUGUGAAAUUUUUUUAAACAGUAUCUCCUCGUUGUGGCUGCUGGUGAGCUUUGGCCCUUGCCCAGAGUGAGGUUGGGGGAAGGUGUCCCUGCAGGGGUGGGCCCUUCACAGCCCCCUCCUGCCAGCUGCAUGCUGCCAGCUCCUGUUCUGUACUCACCCCCCUGCCCCUCAGCCACUGAUUUAUUUAUUCAUCUCAGGAAAUAAAGAAAGGUCUUAGAAAAUGGA